AUUUUUAUAAUUUUUUAUCGUUGUCAAGGAAUCCUCGUCUCCAUCGCAUCGAUCUAUCGCUGGUGUCUUCUUCAUCACCGCCGGUGUCGUCUCCAUCACCGCCGGCGACUUCUAUGUCAUCAUUUUAGUGUUCGGUGGUCUCUCAGUCAAUGAAUAAGUAACUCAGAUGUUGUUUUCCACAAUUCACUUUAAUCACAAGCUGAACAAAGAUCUGCAUCUCUCCGUAGAGACAAAAUCGAGUGGUGUAAAUGGAAGACAGAGAGAAUGAUGGUGGAGAUGCGAAGAAGGUAGUGUUUGUGACGGUGGGAACAACGAGUUUCGAUGCUCUUGUUGAAGCAGUGGUCAGUCAAGAUGUUAAAGACGAGUUGCAGAAGAGAGGAUACACUCAUCUUCUCAUUCAGAUGGGUCGAGGAAUCUAUUCUCCAAGCAAGUGUGAUGGAGCGGAUGGAUCACUAGUCGUGGAUUACUUCAGGUUUUCCUCUAGUAUCGCAGAUUAUAUUCGAUCUGCAUCUCUUGUGAUUAGUCACGCUGGAUCUGGAAGCAUAUUCGAGACACUAAAGCUGGGGAAGCCAUUGAUUGUAGUAGUGAACGAAGAUCUUAUGGACAAUCAUCAGUGUGAAUUAGCUGAAGCACUAGAAGAGAGGAAGCAUUUGUACUACACUCGUCCUCACACGCUUCACCAAGCCUUAAUGAAAAUGGAUCUGGAGUCUCUGGUUCGAUAUACUCCAGGGGACGGAGCACCUGUUGCCCGCAUUAUCGACAGGUUCCUCGGAUUCCCUGAUGAUUAAAAUAGACGCAUGAGAACAAGUGUUGUGUCUCCAGAUUUUAACUGAAUAUGCUAUAACACGACUGCUUUUACCAUUAGACAUUGUGUAAAAGAUUCAUGUUCGCAAUGAUAGCAAAAGCUUUUUCCGA